AUGCAUUGUCGACCGCAAUUUGUAUAUCAAAUCCCUCAAAGUUUAUUCUAUAUAGUUGUUACAGAUACACUGCAUCAUUUUUAUUUUAGUAAACAGGAUGGUAAUGCAUAUUGGCAAUUGAGUGAUUUACGAGAUGCUUACCAAUUGGAUAUUGAUGCAUUGAUGAAAAAUGUUAAUUUCGAUGAAUUGGGGUUAUUAUUCGCCAAAACUCGUGGAUUGGAUAUUCAAAAGGACCGCAAGAGGCAGAGAGAUGAUGAUGAUGUGGUUGAGGAAGAAAAGGUAGCGCAAACGAAAACAGUGAAGCCAGAGGUGAAGCUGAAGCUGGAGGUGAAGCUGAAGCUGGAGGUGAAGCUCAAGCUGGAGGUGAAGGAUGAUGAUGAUCUAGUCGGUAAUGAAGAUGCUGGUACUUCAAGUCCUGUUGAGAAAAUUGAGGUUGCAGAAAAGAUUGAAAAUGUGAGGCGAGGAAUAGUAUCGGGUUACUCUUCAAGUGAAGAGGAAGAAGAACAAGAGGAAGAACAAUUUGAGACUGCCGACUCUAGGCAAGAUUUCAUCACAUUAUUAGAUCAAUUUUCCUCACAAAUUUCACCAUUUGAUAAUUGGGAUAUUGUUGAGGAUAGUCUAGUAGACGAGCUUACAACUCAUUCCGCAUUUCAUGCUAUUCAAACUAAAAAGGAGAAAGAAGCCAUUUUUAAAGAUUGGUUGGGAAAUAGAGAGAAAAUGAAUAAACAAAAGGAGGAAAUAGUCAGCAAUCAAAACGGUAUUUUCCCUACUCAAAAGCUAUUACUAUUAUCAUUUUUGCAAAACCAUAAGGAAGAAGUGAAGAAGUCAUUUUAUCAAACAUUCUAUACCCUGCAUUAUUUGGAAUUGAAUAAAUUUGAUCAAAUCACUACUGCUGAGAAGGAAGAUUUAUUCCGCAGCUAUAAACUAUUUCUCAAUAACUUUUCCAAAUUUGAAAAGGAAUAUAAGAAAAAGACCAAGACUCUGGAUAAUGUCAAAGUUUUGAAAUUCAAAGAGUUUUUAAACAAGAGAUUAGUACUCAAUGAGAAAGAGGAAAUUGAGCAAGAAAAGUUUUCAAACAAUGAUCAAGUUUCGUCGCAUUUUGAUAAUUGGAUCAAGUUAUUGAAUCAUUAUAAUGUUGACUUGGAUGUCGCUCAAGAUGAAAUGAAUUUUUUGCUUGGAGAUGAAAAGAGGCUCAAAUGCUAUUUAGAUCACUUUAACCGACACUGA